AAGACCUUGACUCUCGGAAUCCCUACCCCGCCGGGAGGAAGUAGAAGGGCAAACUGGCUUUGGGAAUCAGGCACACCUAGUCGUGCUAUCCUGAGCCAAAGCCCACUGAAUUCAUCUUGUAAAGUCAUACACCAGAAUCUUCUUGAUUUGCCAGGAUGAGCAAUCAGAAGAAAAGAAAAGAUAUGGAACCUGCUUGUACCUGGAGUUUAUUAUCUGAAAAGAGAGUUACCUCAAGUUCUCUGGCUUCAUUUUCAUGGAGGGAGCUUACAGAUUACCGGGAAGUAUUCAGAAAACAUCUAAAAGAAAAAUACCUAAAAAUAGGAGUUGAUAAAUGUUAUCACCAUGGCAAGCAUAUAGAGUCACGAUUGCUUCUUGUAAAAGAACAUGGUAUAUCAGAAAAGACACCAUGUGGAAUUCCUCAACAAGAUCAUUUUAUUGAGAUGGAACACGUAUUUGAUCCUGAUGAAGAGGGCUCCAGCUCAUCCCGAACUGUGGUGCUUCAGGGAUGUGCUGGGAUUGGGAAAACAGCCGUGGUGCACAAGUUCAUGUUUGACUGGGCAGCAGGAAUGGUUACCCCAGGCAGAUUUGACUAUCUCAUCUACGUCAACUGCAGAGAAAUAAGCCAUAUUGCUAACCUUAGUGCUGCUGACCUGAUCACUAACACCUUUCAAGAUAUAAAUGGACCAAUCUUGGACAUUAUUCUUAUAUAUCCAGAGAAGCUUCUGUUCAUUCUCGAUGGAUUUCCUGAGCUGCAGUACCCUGUGGGUGACCGAGAAGAGGAUCUUAGCGCUCACCCCCAAGAGAGGAAGCCAGUAGAGAGCCUCUUGUGCAGUUUUGUGAGGAAGAAACUGUUCCCUGAAUCCUCUCUCCUGAUAACUGCCCGGCCUACAGCCAUGAAGAAGCUCCACUCUCUGUUAAAACAACCUAUCCAGGCAGAGAUCUUAUGGUUUACAGAUGCUGAAAAGAAAGCAUAUUUCUUGAGUCAGUUUUCAGGUGCUAAUGUAGCAAUGAAAGUCUUUUAUGGUCUGCGAGAAAAUGAAGGCCUUGACAUUAUGUCUUCUCUUCCCAUCGUCUCCUGGAUGAUAUGCAGUGUUCUGCAGUCACAAGGAGAUGGUGACAGGACUUUUCUGAGGUCACUUCAGACCAUGACUGAUGUAUAUCUGUUCUACUUUUCCAAGUGCCUCAAAACCCUUACAGGCAUUUCAGUGUGGAAAGGACAAAGUUGCCUGUGGGGCCUUUGCUCUUUGGCUGCAGAAGGACUGCAGAACCAUCGGGUUCUGUUUGCAGUCAGUGACCUCAGAAGACAUGGGAUAGGAGUAUAUGACAGCAACUGUGCUUUUCUCAAUCACUUUUUGAAAAAAGCUGAAGGAGAUGUCAAUGUCUAUACUUUCCUUCACUUCAGUUUCCAAGAGUUCUUGACUGCUGUGUUCUAUGCCCUGAAGAAUGACAAUAGCUGGAUGUUUUUUGAUCAAGUGGGGAAAACAUGGCAAGAAAUAUUCCAACAAUAUGGAAAAGGUUUUUCAUCACUAAUGAUACAGUUCUUAUUUGGUCUCUUACAUAAAGGAAAAGGAAAGGCUGUGGAAACUACUUUUGGAAGAAAAGUCUCUCCCGGUCUUCGAGAAGAGUUACUAAAAUGGACUGAGAGAGAAAUAAAAGAUAAAUCUUCUAGGUUACAGAUUGAGCCAGUGGAUUUGUUUCACUGUUUGUAUGAGAUUCAGGAAGAAGAAUAUUCAAAAAAGAUAAUUGAUGAUUUACAGUCAGUUAUACUGCUUCAACCUACCUAUACAAAAAUGGACAUUCUGGCCAUGUCCUUCUGUGUAAAAAGCAGUCACAGUCACCUAUCAGUGUCUUUGAAGUGUCAGCACCUGCCUGGAUUUGAAGAGGAAGAGCCAGCCUCAGCAUUUGUACCACCAGCCUUGACACUUAAUGAAUCCUUUCAGCUGCGUGAUUUGCCAGUGUCUCGGCUACACUUGCUCUGCCAGGCACUGCGUAAUCCAUACUGUAAAAUCAAAGACCUGAAACUGAUUUUCUGUCACCUCACAGCUUCUUGUGGUAGAGACCUCUCUUCAGUAUUUGAAACCAACCAGUAUCUGACAGAUUUGGAGUUUGUAAAAAAUACCCUGGAAGAUUCAGGAAUGAAGCUUCUGUGUGAAGGAUUAAAACAGCCCAACUGUAUAUUACAGACAUUGAGGUUGUACCGGUGCCUUAUCUCUCCUGCUUCUUGUGGUGCUCUAGCAGCUGUUCUUAGCACCAAUCAGUGGCUCACUGAGCUGGAAUUUAGUGAAACAAAACUGGAAGCUUCAGCUUUGAAAUUGCUCUGUGAAGGCCUGAAAGAUCCAAAUUGCAAAUUACAGAAGCUCAAGUUGUGUGCUAGCCUUCUCCCGGAAAGCUCAGAGGCUGUUUGCAAGUAUCUUGCCUCUGUUCUCAUUUGCAACCCACACCUCACUGAGCUGGACCUGAGUGAAAAUCCCCUGGGGGACAGAGGGGUGAAGUAUCUUUGUGAAGGUCUCAGACACUCCAACUGUAAAGUGGAGAAACUAGACUUGAGCACAUGUUACCUUACCGAUGCUAGCUGUGUGGAGCUCUCUUCUUUCUUGCAAAUGAGUCAGACUCUAAAAGAGCUCUUUGUGUUUGCCAAUGCCCUGGGGGACACAGGAGUACGGCAUCUCUGCGAAGGUCUGCAGCAUGCAAAGGGUAUAAUUGAGAAUCUUGUGCUUUCCGAAUGUUCCCUCUCUGCAGCUUGUUGUGAGCCCCUUGCCCAAGUCCUGAGCUCCACCCGGAGCCUGACAAGGCUGCUUCUAAUUAAUAACAAAAUUGAAGAUUUGGGGCUGAAAUUGCUGUGCGAAGGAUUAAAACAGCCUGACUGUCAGUUAAAGGAUCUGGCAUUAUGGACCUGUCACCUGACUGGGGCAUGUUGUCAGGAUUUGUGCAAUGCACUCUACACCAAUGAACACUUGAGAGUCCUUGACCUCAGUGACAAUGCCUUAGGGGAUGAGGGCAUGCAGGUGCUGUGUGAAGGGCUGAAGCACCCCUGCUGUAAACUGCAGACGUUGUGGUUAGCAGAAUGUCAUCUCACAGAUGCAUGCUGUGGAGCCCUCGCCUCUGUCCUCAACAGAAACGAGAACCUGACAUUGCUGGACUUAAGUGGAAAUGACCUCAGGGAUUUUGGAGUGCAAAUGCUAUGUGAUGCACUGAUUCACCCAAUAUGUAAACUACAGACGUUCUACAUUGACACGGAUCAUUUACGUGAAGAUACAUGUAGAAAGAUGGAAGCUUUAAAAAUGAGCAAGCCUGGAAUCACCUGGUAGUUUCCAAGGAGAUCCCUUGAAUUGACUGCAUAUAGAACCCCUCCAUCUGGCACCAUCUUUAACAGUUGUGCAGUAUUAUUUUUCCAAACUAUUAACCUUUGCUGAGGAUACUAGUGUGAAACAAGCAGCAGUGAUUGCUAUUUCUUAUGUAGAACCAUCCACUAAGUAGGAUGUAAAAGACAGAAGCACCUUAGUUCAAAUGUCUUCAGCAAUAAUACCUUACACUCAUCUAUUGUGUUACAAUGUUUACUAUGCUUUUAUAAGAACCCUAAGAUGGGAAGAUGAGGCUCAGAGAGGUUGGGACUAGCUCCAGGUCACAUAGCUCAUUAGGGGUCGAGUUGAGACUGGAGUCCAGACAGGUCUCCCAACACCCAGAGCAUGCAGGGAAACAAUAGAAAAAACACACAUGAGUACACAUAAAGAAACAAGAUACUUGAAGUGAUUAAAGGAUAAGAGAGUAUACAAAUACAUGUUAUAUCUUAUGGUGCUGAUUUUAAAUAAACUUUUAAUUCACAAAAGAGAGAAGAAUAAGCCGGACUAAUAGGUAAAACCUUCAUAGAGGAGGUGAGAUGAUGAAGAAUGAAUAGGAUUGAUACAGGUAAAGACAUGGUGGUCAGUGGCUUUAAGAAUGCAGAACAACAGGGCUGUGUUUGUGAGCAGCUCACCAAAAGAGCCUAGGGAGCGAGAAAUGUAUGCAUUAGAAUUUUUUGAGCUGCCACAAUAUCCAUAAUCCUAGGCUCCUGUGGGUGCUCUCCAGUUCCCAGUCUCAGCCCCCUUUCUGAACUUUUAAUAACUUCCCAGUGUGUUUUUAUUUGUUCAUGGGCUCCUAAGACUGAUUCAGUCAUCAUCCCAGAUAGCACCUUGCAUAGCCUAGCGUGGAUCCUACAGAACUCCCAGUUUCUAUCUCUGCCUAGCUUCCAACAAAACAUCAUAUGGAGCAAGUGGAGAAAGGGAAGGUAAAUAGCACAAAGUCAGUGAAACAGAAGUGAAUGUGAUAUGGUAUUAACAGAAAGUAUGGUUACCUUAUUAAACUGUAGAGUUGUCUUUGGAAACUACUAAUAUAACUAGCUGUGUGGCCCUGAAUAAGUCACUUGGAUUCCUGGAACCUCAAUUUUCUCAUCUAUAAAAUGGGGAUAAAGUGACAUUGACCUUGUAAGGCUAUUUCCCAACAUGGCCUACUCCACAUUAGUCACCAAUUAAGUGUAGCUGUUUGUAUGAGUGUGUAUCUGUAGUAUAACUCAGCUGAAUAGUCUUUUUCUUUUUCUUUUCUUUUUUUUUUUUUUGAGACAGAGUCUCGCUUUGUUGCCCAGGCUAG